UCGAAAAACAGUGUUGUUAUAAGAUAUCAAAAUCGAGCUACAAUAACACAAAUCUAGUGUUUUUUUUGUCAAGCGCCGAGCUGACAAAGCGGGCAAUGUCCUACAAUUCCCAGAGUUCCCUGCGCCAUCAAUGACAUUUGACCCCUGGAUAAUAACAGGCCGAUCAGCUGAUUUAAAGGCAACAACAACAUCACUUCCUGGGGGUCUGAUACGGAAUAAAUAACCCGGCAGCGAGCUAACUUCCUCCCGGUCAGGUUAGUACGUGGCACCGGUCGCUGUUUGUGAUGUUAUUAUUAGAUGUUGAGGCUAGUUUUAGACCGUGACGAGGCAGCGGUUUACAGUUAAGAGUCAGUCGUCGUCCGCCGGACUGCUAACAACAACUGCGAGGUCAGUUGAUGUAAAUGGUGAAGGUUGUUUUUUUUACAUUACUAGUGCUGAUUAUUAAUAACUGCUUAAUGUAAUUGAGUAUACAAAUAGCAGUGGACAAAGCAGGUAGCAUUUAGCAACCUAUUUAUUACAGUGUAAACCAAGCAGAAGAUGCUAGAUAGAUAUUGUUAGCUUCAUUAGUGUUUUGUCACAACAAAACAACAAUUUAAGCCUGCACUGCUUUUUGAUAGUAUUGUGUAAUUGUUUUCUAAGGGGUUCAUAUUAUAUACAGUAGUGGUGGUGUUAAAAGUAUGUUAUUACUGCAACACUAGCUAAGUUUGAGUGUUUAUUUUACCCAGUGAAAGUGACAUUUGGCCCAUAAAUAUCCAGAACAAAUAAAUAAUACACAAUGCAGAGACUUUGAUUAAAGUCUAUGAAAGAGGAUCAACAUUAUUAACUGACAAAGGCCAAAGGUCGUGGUUGUAGUAAAACUUUAGGUACAGUCGCACUGGCCAUCUUUUAAAAUAAUCCUUUGUAGUAAUAACCCAUCUAGUUUUCCAUUAUCAGCACCUCUAAAAGUGGGCCAUGAGUGGCCAAGGUCCAGCUGUAGAUAAAGGGAUGAACACCGUACUAGUCUGCCAGGAGAGUUACACUUGUGGGGGCUCCGACGAAGCCGCGUUUGAAUGCGACGAAUGCAGCAGCUUGCAGUGCGCCCGCUGUGAGCUGGAGCUCCAUCGCCAGGACCGCAUGAGGAACCAUGACCGAGUCCGGAUCUUCCCAGGCCAUGUUCCCUUCUGUGACUCGUGUAAAGGGGACGGCAGUGGCGGUUCUGUCACGGCUGGACGGCUGCGAGCCGCGGUGCGCUGCCAGGGAUGCAAAAUCAACCUGUGUUUGGACUGCCAGAAGCGAACACACAGCGGAGUAAACAAGAAAAAGCACCCUGUCACGCCGUAUCCUCCGGCCAAACCCCCUCAAGAGAACAGCGUGAUAUCCGGGGAGUCUGAGAUGGAGAUCCUGAGAGACCAGUUGGACAAGGUGUACAGCUUUCUGUUAGUGGACGAGAAAGAGGAGAUGCAGGUGAAGGACGACGAGGAGUUUGUGAGCAGACUGGGAUGUGGGGCCGAUGAGCUUCUCAAGGUGGUCUCCAUCUUUGGGAACACCGGAGAGGGGAAGUCCCACACAAUGAACCACACCUUUUUUCAUGGGAAGGAAGUGUUCAAAACUUCGCCCACGCAGGAGUCCUGCACUGUGGGCGUGUGGGCGGCCAUGGACCCUUUUCACCGAGUGGUGGUCAUUGACACGGAAGGACUGCUUGGGGCUGGAUCUAGCCAAGGUCAGCGAACACGCCUCCUCCUCAAAGUCCUCGCUGUCUCGGACAUCAUAAUUUAUAGGACCCAUGCUGACCGUCUCCACGACGAUCUCUUCAAGUUCCUCGGUGACGCCUCGGAGGCCUACCUGAAGCAUUUCUCCCGGGAGCUAAAAGCGACCACCACGCGCUGCGGUCUGGACGUCCCGCUGUCCACACUGGGCCCUGCCGUCAUCAUCUUCCAUGAGACGGUCCACACCAAGCUGUUAGGAUCAGACAAGCCGUCCGAAUCGGUAGAGCGUCUCCUGCAGGAGCGUUUCAGGAAGCUGGGACUGUUUCCCGAAGCUUUCAGCUCCGUGCAGUACCGCGGGACACGAACCUACAAUCCUCCCACGGACUUCAGUGGGCUACGGCGUGGCCUGGAGCAACAGCUGGACAACAAUGCCACCCGCUCGCCACGGUCUGCCGGCGUAAUUUUCAAGGCUCUGCAGGCGCUGAGUGAGCGUUUCAGUGGCGACAUCCCAGAUGAACACAUGACCAGUAACUCCUUCUUCCCCGAUGAGUACUUCACCUGCUCCUGCAUCUGCCUUAGUUGUGGUUCAGGCUGUAAGAGAAGCAUGAAUCACCUCAAGGAGGGACUCGAACACGAGGCCAAGCAUCGCUGCCGCUACUCAGCACAGUAUGACAACCGCAUCUACACAUGCAAGGCCUGCUACGAGAGAGGCAAGGAGGUGAUAGUGCUUCCCAAAACGACCGCUUCAUCUGACUCGCCGUGGUUUGGCCUGGCCAUCUACGCCUGGUCUGGCUAUGUCAUCGAGUGUCCCAACUGUGCAGUGAUUUACCGAAGCAGGCAGUACUGGUAUGGAAACCAGGACCCGGUCGAAACGGUCGUACGAACCGAGAUCCAGCACAACUGGCCAGGGUCUGACAGCUUUCUAAAAGACAACCACAACGCCGCCCAGAGGCUGCUGGACGGAGUCAAAUACAUUUCCCAGUCGGUGUCAGAGCUCAGCGUCAAGCCAGCCAAAGCAGUCACCUCUUGGCUGACCGACCAGAUCGCUCCCACCUACUGGACACCCAACUCUCUCAUAGUGCAAUGCCAAAAAUGUGCGAUGGAGUUCCAACCCAACGACACUAAACACCACUGCCGGGCCUGCGGUGAAGGUUUCUGUGACGCAUGCUCCUCCAAAACCCGACCGGUCCCAGAGAGAGGCUGGGGGCUCGCACCCGUCCGUGUCUGUGACGCAUGUUUCCAUAACAGGGGGAUCUCGACUGAGCUUCUGGAUGCAGCAUUGGAGGAGGAAGGUGGCACUCUGAUAGCAAGGAAGGUCGGGGAGGUGGUUCAGAACACCCUAGGUGCUGUGGUCGGUGCCAUUGACAUACCUCUUGGCUUGGUGAAGGAUGCCGCACGCCCCGCCUACUGGGUCCCAGAUCAGGACAUUCACUCCUGCUGCAGCUGCCAGAGGGAGUUCUCCGCCUCUCGCCUCUCCAUCCACCACUGCCGCGCCUGCGGUCAAGGCGUGUGCGAGGACUGCUCGCAGGAGCGGCGCACCGUGCCCUCGAGGGGGUGGGAUCACCCCGUGAGGGUGUGCAGCGUUUGCAGCCAGAAGACUGGCGAACUCUAGCAGGAGCAUCAAAACAAGACAUUUUGGUGGCAUUUCCAGUUUGUACUUGCAGUCAAUCAGUUGGUGACUAAAGGCUACGUUCACACUGCAGGGUAAACUCUUAAUUCGGAUGUUUUGUUAAAUCCCAUCUUUUUAUGUAGUCAUAAAGUGUUUUGUAAUGUCAACAAAAUGUGUCCCUGAAGUGACACACAUGUAAUGACAUCACACACAAUGCAGUGUGUUCACUGAAGUAAACAUUUCUCCAAUUCCAGAACGUUUCACUCCUGGCACAUUUGUGGCAAUUUCAAGGAUUUUCAGCAAAUUUUUUUAACCAAAUUAUUUUUGCAUAAGAGAUUAAUUUUGCCUCUUGCAGUUUGUGGGCAUUUUCUUCAAUAUGUGUUUCGAGGAGCGUGUGGAGGAGCAAUGAAGUGAUGUUGGCAUGAGUUCUAAAACAUAUUUUCACCCAUUUUGUGGUCAUCAUACUAUUUCUUUUAGUAUUUUGCCAAAUAAUGAUGUACAACGUCCGUUGCUAGGUUGGAUGAACACGACUUGAUCGUUCAGACUGCAGUUGCAUCAGAAACAUAACUGCCUGGGUCAGAUUUGACAACAUUUGGAAUUGCACUGUUCACAUUGACAUGAAAAAAUUAGAUACAGGUCACAUAUGACAAAAAUUUUUACCUGCGGUGUGAACAAGGUCUAUGAAAAGGAGAGAACAAGCGAUAUAACCAAGUUGUGGACAAUCCCUACUUAGUGUUAUUGUUGGGAGGAGGGUCCCCUGCAGCCAAUUGACUUUGGGACAAGAGGUCGGAUCACCUAUCAACACAAACAGGAGUAGAGACACAACAUUGCACACUACAGUGACUAUAGCAUUGCAACAAUAAUGAUGUCUUCAGACUUUUGCACAUGUAUUUGGAAAGAAACCUUUUAAUUUUAACCUUUUUGCUCCAUGAGCUUUUGCUUCCUUGCCUUUUUUUUAGCUAACAAUCAGAACAUUGUUGUACUUAACAUAGAUGCAUUCCGACAUACAUAUA